GCUAAGGCCAGAGAAGUGCUCUAAGUUCCCGACUGUUCAUCAUAUAGAAGAUAAGUGAAGGUCCACCAUGAGCACUGUUGCAAAGCUAGAAUCAGCCUCCCUGACUGAGCAGCCAAAAAGAAAGAGGGGACGACCAAGGAAGCUGCCACAGGAGUCUUCUGGACCAUCGCCACCAAAGAAACCUCGGGGAAGGCCAAAAGGAUGCAAAGAACUGAGUGUCAGUGGUAGAAAGAAGAUACUGGCUUCAGCUGAAAAAAAGCCUAGAGGAAGACCCCGAAAAUGGCUUGUCACACAGGAGGAAGAAUAUCAGAAAGUCAGUGCUCAAGGAAGCAGCCAGCCAAGUUCCAGCACACAGCCUACCAAAGCAGUUAGAGAAGAGCUGUCUGGAAAACUUCUCAUUGUUUUCUCAUUAAGAAGUGGCAGACUCUUGUCCCUGAUGGGCAUAGGCGUAAACUACGCGGGGGCUCCGGGGCUUGAGCCUCUCCUGGAUUUUCCCAACGGAAGCUAA